GAUUUGAAGGUUAGUUGUCAUGUCUGUGUACAGUAUGAAUAAUGGAUUGGUGAAUUUCUGUAAAGUUAGAUCUUUAAGUAAAUUCAUAUCCUUCAUGGUAUCAAAUAUUGGUGCUUUUGUGUUGCUACUUCAUCGUAAUCUGUUUUUACCGCUCGCAGCAAUUAUUCUGAUAGUCAAAUCGUCAUUAUUGACAACCCUAUACAGAUCGACAUAGGGUUGUGGAGAUUGUUGUUUCGUCCCUUAGUACCACGAAAUGUCCAUGCACUGCUUACGGGUUUUUAAUGGUGAACUUUUAUUGGUUGGUUCAUUCUCUCAGUUAAAUCUUUUGUUUCAGUUAUAAAUGAACUGACUAUAAGUAGUCCUACUCGCAAUGAGUUUACAUUGUAGCCUUCGUCGUUAGUAGGCUUUAAUUUAAGAAAAAAACAGUGGAACUUACGACUUCCUGGAAUUAUUGUUCAGGCAAAACGCAAAUUAAAUAUGCGAUGUGCAUUCAGAAGUUACAUAUGUAAUAACGUGUAACUUCGUACAUACGUACAUCAGUUAGAGUUGCCAUACCACAUUAGCACAGAGGUGCAUUUGUCGAUUCAAAUCCCAUAGUGGUAGAAGUAGUAAAAGUAUAAAUAGUAAUCGGAAAGAUUAGGGUUUGAAGAUGUUAUUCUAGGAGUAUAAGCCAGUGAAAUAAAUUUGGAAAGAGGAAAUAAGGAACAUGGAGAAUUAAGAAGACUAGAAUUAGAGAGAACACAAUUUCUUCAUACUGUUUCAUUUAGCGUGCUGAGCACCGUCCAUAUGGGUGAUGAAAAUAUUUUUAUCCUCUGAUUAAACAAAAUGUAAUGUAGUUUUUGCCUGUCAGGCUUCCGUGAUGUCGAAGCUUCUCGAUCGAAUUGAGGAUUUUUAAGCGAAAUAUUCCUUGGUUUUUAAGAUGUGUUAGGUUUAUGUCACCAUGGUUUCAAAAUAUUAACUAGGAUUCUGAUGAAAUUACUUAGCAAAAAAGUCACUAGCAAUUGUUGAGCGUUUUUUGUUAUUUUGGGUUCCUUUUCGAGUAAACAAUAAGUCAUUGUUUUCUGUAUUGGGGAAUUAAAACUCUUAUUGUUCAUAUAGAGCCUACAUUAUGAACGAUACAGGAUGUGGUUAUGGUUCUCCACAAAUCCAACGGACGUAUCUAAUUCCACUUGCUGAACAGUUUGUAAAGAUUUCUGUUGACUCUUCAUCUGUGGAUGAGUUUUCAGACUACAUAAUUCGAGACAAGUCAACAAGUUGUAAUAGAUCUAAUAUGAAGUUAUGGCGCAAAGAUGCUUGCAAAGCAUUAAGACUAGUGAAUACCCGUACGAUGGUCAGUCCUGUUUCAAAAGAUUCACACAUCAUGGCUGACGAAUCUGAGUUUCCUAAAUUAGAUAUGUCAGUAGAUUUAGACAGAAAGCUUCCACGUAAACGUUCCAGGACGAACUUGGAAUCAACAACUGAAUCUAUUUCUGCUCGAUGUGUUUCUUCCACGUUGUCGGAUAUCAGACACACAGUUCCAGCGGAUUUACGAAGGCAAAUAAAAGGCUUUCUCGCAUGCCACCUACUUUCCGAUAUAGGAUUACCGGUUUGGCCAUCCUUGUUGAUUAAUGGUCCCCCAUUUUGUGGCAAAACUACAUUGAUUGAAGCAGCAUGUGGAACUCUAGGUUUGAAAAUCAUCACUGUUUCGGUUGGUACAGUACCAUCAUCUAUACGUCCGUGGAUGGAUAUAUUCAAUCAAGCUAAGAAUUCCUCACCAUGUAUUUUACAUUUGGAUGAUAUUGAAAGUAUGGAGAAACAUUCCUCCCCUGUUGGGACGUUCCGUCUCACCUGCCUUCUAAAAAGUCAAUUGCUUAAAGAUAUGGUCAACUCAGGUGUUGUACUUAUUGGGGAAACUCGAUCUCUUCUUGCCAGCCUACCUCAAAGUAUAUUAGAUUUGUUUACACAGAAGUUGACAUUUGGAAUGUUAAAUGAGGCUCAUCGUUUGAGAUUGUUGCAGCAGUACUUGUUAGAUGAUACUGAUUUUAUUAUUUCACCGAAACCAGUAAGUUCUAAUUCCAAUCAACUACAACUCAGUGAAAACUUAACAUGUCUUGAAUUAGCCCGUCGAACACCUGGUUAUGAAAUCGGAGAUUUAAUUCGUCUGGUUGCCCAUUUAAAAAUGGCUUGUUUAACAAGUAAACUUAAUGAUGUUAACGAUGAUGAUGAUGUUGAUGACAACUUGAAUAAUCUUGAUACUAACAAUAUGGUGUGUGUCAAGAAUGGUCAAAAAGUGCAUGUUAAUUUCUCCAUUGAGUCGCGUGUCGCUGAUAACUCUGUUUCGGAACCAGUCACAUAUCCUUUAAUCGUAACAAGAGAAAUUGUUGACAAAGCGUUGGUUGUUGUCAUUCCAGCAGUUAAAAAUACUGCUGAAUUUGUAACUAUUCCAGAUGUGACGUGGGCUGAUGUCGGUGGUCUCGAAACAACUAGACAACAAUUGUACAAUCGCUUUAUGCUUCUAAUCGACGAUUGGGAACGCGCUCAGGUUUUGCAUCGACGUUCUGGAGGUGUACUACUUGAGGGUCCACCUGGAUGUGGGAAAACACUCGUAGCUAAAGCUCUAUCCAAUCAAGCUGGUCUCAAUUUCCUGUCGGUUAAAGGUCCAGAAGUCCUUAAUAAAUUCCAAGGUGAAAGCGAACGUCGUAUUCGAGAAAUCUUUGAAAGAGCACGUGCUUGUCAACCAUGUCUGAUUUUCUUCGAUGAAAUAGAUGCAAUCUGUCCAAGACGCGAUAGUGAUGAAUCUACAGGCAGUCGAGUUAGUUUGGUUAAUCAGCUUCUGGUUGAAUUGGAUGGUAUUGACAAACAUAGAUCAGGUCGCGUUUUUGUUGUUGGUGCUACUAAUCGCAAAGAUAUGAUUGAUCCUGCCAUACUUCGUCCUGGACGUCUGGGCUUACAUUUGAUGAUCAACCCACCGUCUAAUGUGAAAGAACGUCUCUCUGUUUUAUCAGCUUGUACUCGGUCUGCAACUACUCCUCGUAUUGAGAAUGGUAUGCUGUCACUUGAACUCAUUGCAAAUGAUUCACGCACUGAGAGAAUGAGCGGUGCUGAUCUAGAAAAUUUAUUGGAAUUAGCUAAGCAGAAGGCUCAAAUUGCAAGACAAGAUUUUGUUUCACAAGCCAACUUACUUGAUGCAUUAUCUGAGUUACAUAAAUAAACAACACAUCCUAUUGUUAAUAUAAUUUCUGAACUUAACUUAUACUGGAAUAUGUAUUCUGUUACGAAACAUUUAGUAUUUUUGCGACUUGUCAUACUUUCAGAGGCUACUAUAUAUAUACUUAUAACGACAAAACAUCAAAAUGGAAUAUGUAUCUAAAAUGAAUAUCAGUUAACUCUUUCACUUUUUUAAAUAGAUAGGAAAGAACUAGACAUAAACUGUACGGAUGUAUAAGACAGAUAUUCACUCUAUUUAUCAUCAGUAAAAAGUGUGAUUUGCAAUGCUGGACAUAAGGAAUUUGGUCGCUGUCUUGUUUAUCUCUCAACACAUUGUGCACCACAGAAUAAAUUUAAAUGUGAAAUAUUAUUUGAAACAAUUAGUCCCUUUGAUAACUUUCGAUGAUGCAAUGAGAAGACGAAGUUUAUCAGAAUUAUGUGAUUUAUUUGCGCAAUACAUUUCGAACAGCCUGAUCACACAUGUACUUGUUGAGACAUGUUUGUAUGAAAACGAAAACGUCAACUAAACAAAUUAGAUGUAAGCC